AUGCCCUAGCCGGAAGACCUAAAAAGGACAUGGGGGCGACAGUUCGCGCUCGAGGGAACCGCCCCUUUGGGUCUGGUGUUUGUCACCCAAAUAAGAAAGUUGUUUUUAUUUCGAGAAAUCGAUAGUAGAGAAAGCUCCGCCGCUCUAAAGCCCGGCUGGACAGGAAGGGGCGUGCAGCUUCGAGUCCGAGAGCUACCGGAACCUAAAGACCCGGGUGGGCCCCCAAACCCUGCGCGCCCCGACCCUCUGCCUAGGUAACACGGAAGAGCCGAGGAUAUCCGGGCGUGAGGAGCGGCGGAAAGAAUGGGUCCGCUCGCGAGUGCAGAGGGGGGUUGUGUGCGCUCCGGAAAGUGAAGCAAGGACCGGGGCCAGAGCAAAGCAAUAGCCGGCGCUGGAGGUCUGCUACCGGACGAUGGGAACCCCAAAGCCUCGGAUCCUGCCCUGGCUGGUGUCGAUGCUGGACCGGGGGCACUAUGAGGGCGUGGCCUGGCUGGACGAGAACCGCACGCGCUUCCGCAUCCCUUGGAAGCAUGGCUUGCGGCAGGAUGCCCAGCAGGAGGAUUUCGGUAUCUUUCGGGGCUGGGCUGAGGCCAGCGGCUCCUACAAGACUGGGAAGGAUAAGCCGGACCUACCCACCUGGAAGAGGAAUUUCCGGGCUGCCCUGAACCGGAAGGAAGUGGUGCGGUUAGUUGAGGACCGGAGCAAGGAUCCCCAAGACCCACACAAGGUCUUCGAGUUUGCGACCCCAGGAGGGGGGAGCCUGCCGGAGCUGGACACCUCCCCAGACACCAGUGACACAGGCAACACCUCUGACACCCAGGAAGACAUUCUGGAGGAAUUACUGAAGGACAUGCUCUUGGCUCCAUCUCCCAAGCUAGCCGAAGCCCCUGAACACCCCCCUCCGCACUUGUUGAGCCCCAACUUAGAUACCCCUGCACUUAGCCCGAGCAUGGAACCCCCUGAAAACUCACUGAGGCCGCUGCUGGAGCCCGAAGGAGAGUGGGAAUUCGAGGUGACCGCCUUCUACCGGGGCCGCCAAGUCUUCCAGCAGACCGUUUUCAGCCAGGGGGGCCUGCGGCUGGUGGGCUCAGCCGCAGAGGCCGGGACAUUCCCUGGGCAGCCGGUCAUACUGCCAGACCCCGAGGCCUUCCUCACAGACAGGGGUGUGAAAGACCUGGUGCAGCGCGUGCUGAGCUACCUGGGCGGGGGCCUGGCUCUGUGGAGGGCCGGCCAGCAGCUCUACGCCCAGAGACUGGGGCACUGCCGCACGUACUGGGCGGUGGGCGAGGAGCUCCUCCCCGACAGCGGCCACGGGCACGACGGCGAGGUCCCGAAGGACCGGGAAGGAAGCGUGCUGGACCUGAGGCCCUUCGUGGCAGAUCUGAUCGCCUUCAUUGACGGAAGCCGACACGCACCACGCUACACCCUCUGGUUCUGUGUGGGGGAGUCGUGGCCUCAGGAUCAGCCUUGGACCAAGAGACUCAUGAUGGUCAAGGUGGUUCCCAUGUGCCUCAAGAUCCUGCUAGAGAUGGCACGAUCUGGGGGUGCCUCGUCCCUCGAAAACAGCGUGGACCUGCACAUCUCCAAUGGCCACACGCUCUCCCUCUCCUCGGACCAGUACAAGACCUGCCUCCAGGACCUGCUCGAGGACAUGGAGCUCUAGGCUGGGGGUGCAGGCCCCGGCCGCACAGCGUGACUAAUAAACUGCCUUUAGCUGCGCCACCACCAUGUCUGACACUUGCUGUCCCCAGGCCCGCCCGAGCAGUAGUCCUUUCGAGGUCCUCGGUUCCCCAUUUGUGCAAGCCCCCCACACCCCAGCAGCUCGCUGCAGGCGGGCCCCGAGCUGUGCUGUCUGUUACCCCCAACCUCAUCCCAGGGAUUAGGUGAGGAGGGACUGGUCACCCCAUCUUACAGACCAGGACAAGGAGGUGCAAAGGACGCGAGAAGGAAAGACAGAUCAGAAUCCAGGGGGACCUCGGGGCUGCUGCUCUAGGGGCCUGGGGCUGAAUCCAGAACCCCAGUCUCGCCUACGGUCUGGACCAACGUCUAGUAAGCAGGGAGCCUUUUGUCUGGACCAGCCUGGGGACACUGAGUCCCCUGCCAACUCCUGGGUGACUGCAUCCAAGUUCAACCUCCUGAGCUGUGGACACUCUCUUCCCUCCAUUUGGGGUUCCAACGGGUGGGUGUGAAGGAGCUUGCUUUGCACCCCAUCCCUGCAGCCCACCUGCCGCAAGACCCCACCGCUCCUUCCUGCACCCAGCUUCUGGGCAAUGAGGACAGGCUGGCAGAACCCAGACGUACCAUGCAGCCCUUGCUGCUCUGUGCCUCAGUUUCCCUCUCCACCUCAGGGGAGUGAAUUUGAUCACUCCAGUCUCUCAGGACCGAUAAAAAGAGAACCCGAGUUACUAGGGACAAAGGUCUGGUUCCCAGGGCGAGUCCAAGGUAAAUGAGCAGCACCUGGGUGCCCAGAAGGUACAGGGGCCUCUGCCCCCCUCACUGUGACACAGCACCACACGGCAGGCUUCGGGGUGCCAGCAGGGCUUCUAGGCAGUGGGGGCGUGGCCUGCCUCACCCCACACCCGCUUCACAGACAGGGCACAGGGCCCACAUGGGGAAGGCUGGCCCCAAGUCCAAGGCUGGUCUCCCCGAGACUGCCCCCCGGGACCCCUGCCCUCCUUUUCUAAACUGGUCUCCGAAAACAAGGGCUGCUCUUGGGG